UCUUGAUACUGGCUCGAUAGAGCACUGUUUUCUGGAUUUGGCAGGUACAUUUUUAGCUCAGCGAACACUAUAAUGACCCACUACAGGGCGCGAACGGGCGACCCGUUGCAAGAUAUGGUGAUAGAGAAGAGGGUGUUUGCGGAGCGGGGCCACUUGUUCAAGCCCCGCAAGGAGCCCCGAACGCCGUCAAACUACACCCCCCGUCCCCGCUACGAGGAGGUAAACCUAGUAGGAAAUCUGAAUGGCCGCAUCUUGGGCACCAAGCCGCUGUACGUGGCCCCGGCCCAGCAGCGCCAGCAGGCCUACAUGAGCAAGCAGAGGGCGGAGAGCAAGCUCGUUAACGUGAGCCACGUCCAGAAUGAGUUGGACCUUCAGCCCCAGACGGAGCGCCAGACGGAGCUACAGCGCAUGUUGCAGAGGAUGCAGCUGAACAUGCCUCGUCAGCAGGGCUUCAACCUAUUCGUUAAAAAUAUUCCGAAGACAAUGGGAGAAGAGCACCUGCGUAAGGAGUUCGCUCCCUAUGGAACCAUCACCCGUGCUAAGGUGAUAAUGGAGGGCGGUCGCAGCAAAGGUUUUGGCUUCGUGUGUUUUUCGUCUCCGGAGGAGGCCACCAAGGCCAUGGCUGACAUGAACGGCCGCAUCUUGGGCACCAAGCCGCUGUACGUGGCCCCGGCCCAGCACAAAGAGCAGCGCCAGGCUUACCUUAGGAAGCAGUGGGUGGAGAGCAAGCGUGCUGCGCCCAGCCCUGUGGACCUUGGUGCAGAGUUUGGUGGCCGUGCAAAGCCACUGACCAAUGACGUCAAGAAUGUUGGCGUCAACCUGGAUGCUGAAAAGCUACGUGAGAUCUUUGGCCUGCGUGCUGUGCCCAACCCGGUCAUCAAGCACCACCAGCAGCCAUCCCCACCCUCUCAAUACUCUGUGGUCGCCAGCCCUCAGGCCCAGAACCAUGCUGCCUACUAUCAGCCGAGCCAGCAGGUUCAGCUGCACCCUGGCGCUCACUUGGCCAUUCAGGAUGUGCACCCCCUGCUCUUUCAGGGCAUGCCAGGUGCCAUGAGCCCAUCUGGGUAUAAUAUGGAGACCCCCAUCUACUAUGUGAUACCUGCUGGUGCUCAGGUGCCAAGCAUGGUGGCCUCUCAGUACGUGAUCUCUCAGGCUGUGGACGCCCAUCUUGCCAGCGCCUCCGCCUCGGCCCAUGUGCAGGGCCAGGAGGUCCUGACCGCCUCCGUGCUGGCUGCCCUACCCCUGGAGAUGCAAAAAUACAAGCUGGGAAUGCAGCUGCACCCCCUGAUUGAGAAUAUGGUGCCGAAGGUUCAAACCAUCCACCCCAGGUUGCCUGAUAAAGUCACCGGCAUGCUGCUCGAGAUCGACAACUCAGAGCUGCUGCAGAUGCUCGAGUCAGCAGAGUUGCUGCGCUCCAAGGUGGACGAGGCCGUGGGUGUUCUGCAGCUCCACCAGGCUAAAGAGGCAGACCAGGAUGGUGCCACCAGCACACCUCAACGGGAGGUAUUCCUGGAUAGAGCACUAUUUUCUGAAUUUGUCAAGUACAUUUUUAGCGCAGCGAACCCUGUAAUGGCCCACUACAGGGCCAGAACGGGCGAUCCGUUUCAAGACAUGGUGAUUGAGAAGAGAGUGUUUGCGGAGCGGGGCCACUUGUUCAAGCCCCGCAAGGAGCCCCGAACCCCGUCAAACUACACCCCCCGUCCCCGCUACGAGGAGGUAAACCUAGUAGGAAAUCUGAAUGGCCGCAUCUUGGGCACCAAGCCGUUGUACGUGGGCCCGGCCCAGCACACGGAGCAGCGCCAGCAUGCCUACCCGAGCAAGCAGAGGGUGGAGAGCAAGCUCGUUAAUGUGAGCCACGUCCAGAAUGAGUUGGACCUUCAGCCCCAGACGGAGCGCCAGACGGAGCUACAGCGCAUGUUGCAGAGGAUGCAGCAGAACACGCCUCGUCAUCAGGGCUUUAAUCUCUUCGUCAAAAAUAUACCGAAGACAAUGGGAGAAGAGCACCUGCGUAAGGAGUUCGCUCCCUAUGGAACCAUCACCCGUGCUAAGGUGAUAAUGGAGGGCGGUCGCAGCAAAGGUUUUGGCUUCGUGUGCUUCUCUUCCCCGGAGGAGGCCACCAAGGCCAUGGCUGACAUGAACGGCCGCAUCUUGGGCACCAAGCCGCUGUACGUGGCCCCGGCCCAGCACAAAGAGCAGCGCCAGGCUUACCUGAGGAAGCAGUGGGUGGAGAGCAAGCGUGCUGCGCCCAGCCCUGUGGACCUUGGUGCAGAGUUUGGUGGCCGUGCAAAGCCACUGACCAAUGACGUCAAGAAUGUUGGCGUCAACCUGGAUGCUGAAAAGCUACGUGAGAUAUUUGGCCUGCGUGCUGUGCCCAACCCGGUCAUCAAGCACCACCAGCAGCCAUCCGCACCCUCUCAAUACUCUGCGGUCGCCAGCCCUCAGGCCCAGAACCAUGCUGCCUACUAUCAGCCGAGCCAGCAGGUUCAGCUGCACCCCGGCGCUCACUUGGCCAUUCAGGAUGUGCACCCCCUGCUCUUUCAGGGCAUGCCAGGUGCCAUGAGCCCAUCUGGGUAUAAUCUGGAGACCCCCAUCUACUAUGUGAUACCUGCUGGUGCUCAGGUGCCAAGCAUGGUGGCCUCUCAGUACGUGAUCUCUCAGGCUGUGGACGCCCAUCUUGCCAGCGCCUCCGCCUCGGCCCAUGUGCAGGGCCAGGAGGUCCUGACCGCCUCCGUGCUGGCUGCCCUACCCCUGGAGGUGCAAAAAUACAAGCUGGGAAUGCAGCUGCACCCCCUGAUCGAGAACAUGGUGCCGAAGGUUCAAACCAUCCACCCCAGGUUGCCUGAUAAAGUCACCGGCAUGCUGCUCGAGAUCGACAACUCAGAGCUGCUGCAGAUGCUCGAGUCAGCAGAGUUGCUGCGCUCCAAGGUGGACGAGGCCGUGGGUGUUCUGCAGCUCCACCAGGCUAAAGAGGCAGACCAGGAUGGUGCCGCCAGCACACCUGUGCGGGGGGCCUAAAGACAAGGACCGGGAAUUCUCCAACUUGCUUACCUUAUUUUGAACUAUAUUCACAUUGGCUUUAUUUUACUAAAUUGACUAAAUUACAUUAAGUUUAUAAUGAAAUAAAAAUGAUUGGCAACUCUA